CGCAGUUAGUCCCCUGCCUCAGGGUUGUCCAAACACCGUCUAAACAGCAGUCCCAGCACGUGGGAGGCAGUGACAUGAAGAUGACCGCAAGUUUGAAGCUGAUCUGAUAGACAUGUCAAAGCUCGCUGAGCAUGGAUCCCACCGCGGGCCUCGCAGAGCAGCCUGAACCUGAGAAGACUGGAAGUGAGGAGCAAGUGCAAUGGCAAGCCCUCCCUGUCCUGUCGGAGCAGCAGUCGGGGGCCGUGGAGCUGGUGCUGGCCUAUGCUGCCCCCGUCCUGGACAAACGCCAGACAUCACGCCUCCUCCGGGAGGUGUCUGCUGUCUACCCGCUUCCAGCCCAGCCCCACCUCAAGCGGGUGCGCCCCAGCCGCAGUGCCGGGGGCGCCCACGCAUCGGAUCUGCUGUUGUGCCUGGCAGGGCCUUCCGCGGGGCCCCGCUCACUGGCCGAGCUCCUCCCCAGGCCGGCCGUGGACCCACGUGGCCUGGGCACACCUUUCCUGGUGCCAGUGCCCGCCCGGCCGCCCCUCACCCGGAGCCAGUUUGAGGAGGCGCGGGCCCACUGGCCUACAUCCUUCCACGAGGACAAGCAGGUGACCAGCGCACUGGCCGGGCAGCUCUUCUCUGCGCAGGCGCGAGCGGCCAUGGAGAGCCACAUGCGAAGGGCCGUGUGUGCCGCCCAGAGAGCAGCUGCGCAGGGCCUGCGAGCAGUGGGCGCUGUGGUGGUGGACCCAGCCUCUGACCGCGUGCUGGCCACGGGCCAUGACUGCAGCGGCACCGCCAGCCCCCUGCUGCACGCUGUCAUGGUGUGCAUUGACCUGGUGGCCCAGGGGCAGGGCCGUGGCACCUGUGACCUCAGACGCUACCCAGCUUGCUCCUUCACCCCGGCCUCCACCGCCCAGGGUGCACGUCCUGGCAGCGUGCGCAAGCUGGAGGAGGAUGAGGACAGCCUGCCCUACGUGUGCACUGGCUAUGACCUGUAUGUCACCCGUGAGCCCUGCGUCAUGUGUGCCAUGGCCCUCGUCCACGCCCGCAUCCAGCGCGUCUUCUAUGGGGCGCCCUCACCAGACGGCGCCCUGGGCACGCGCUUCCGUGUCCACGCGCGGCCAGACCUCAAUCACCGCUUCCAGGUGUUCUGUGGCAUCCUUGAAGACCAGUGCCGCCAGCUGGACCCCGACCCAUAGGCCUGGUGACCUUCUGCUUCCAGACCUCUGCGUCCCCUGAAGCUCCACGGCCUUGGACCCGGGGAACCCACCCUCUGUGUCUGUCUAAGGACACUGACCGCCUGUGUCAGCGUGUGUGGGACGCUUUCAGCCCCAAGACAGCGGCCUCCUCUCUGCUGACUGUGGCGACCAUGGGCGACGCUGGUUACAAGCCCAGUGGCUGUCUUCCAGUCCCCGUGGUCCUCCAGGCUCGGGGCAGGGAGCAGCCAUCGUGUGUGAAAAUAAAGCACCUCAAACCAAGUUCCUGUUUGCACCGAAGGGCCAGGCUGUGUGGCUUUGAAGGGGAAGGUGGCAGCCCUGCUGAGUGCAGCCAGCUCUGGAUGCUUCUAGGGGCUGUCUCUGCAGUUUGUCUGGACACCUGUUGGCCUGGGCUGUUCAUGGCCCUUCUCUGUAUCUCUCUGCUGGGGAGGCUGGGGCUUCAUAAGGGUCCGCCUGAGUGUGGUGGGCUGCUAGGCCUCUGAGGAGGACACUGCUGCCCUUAGGAGACCCGGUCUGGGGGCCCUCCCAGGCUGAGGGGACAUGGGGCUUUGCCAGUGGUGACGGCCUGCUGUGCGCCUGCUCGCCUCGGGCAGAUGUGGACAGCGGAGCCUGGCUCAGCCUAGACGUUGGGUUUGGGUUCCUGCUUGCAUCUUCAUGUCCAUGUCCUCCCUUACAACCUUCCUCCUCCAAGGAAAGCCAGGGCCUGUUGCUACUCAGGUGACCAGGAGGCAGGGUGGGGCAGGGCGAGGCUGUGAGGUGGCCCGUCUUGACACUGUGGGACUGUGUCCAGCCAGUGGCACCUGGUUGAGCAGGGCCUGGACUCUGAGACCAGGGUGGACCUGCAACUUUUCUCUGUGGCUUUGGAGUCUGUCCUGGAACUAGCUCUGUAGACCAGGCUGGUCUCGAACUCACAGAGAUCCGCCUGCCUCUGCCUCCCGAGUGCUGGGAUUAAAGGUGUGCGCCACCACCGCCCGGCUUGACCUGCAACCUUUUUACUUGAAACCUCAGGGGUGCUUCCCUGGCCUCCUCAGAGCCAUUCAGGUGGCCUCUGCCUGGGUGCCAGGCCAGCUGGUACAGCAAUGGCAGGAAAGGAGAACAACUUCCCACCGCUGCCGCGCUUUGUCCCGCUGAAGCCCUGCUUCUACCAGGACUUCUCUGAGGAGAUCCCCGUGGAGCACCAGUUUACUGUGCCACUUUGGGGGUGAACCUG